UUGAGUAUAUUAGCAAUGUUAUUUACUCAUCUCUUUAUUUUCUUUCAGACUUCUUUAUUUGUAUGUGGGGUACUUGCUUCAGAUCCCCCGCCCACCAAAUGGCAGCACGAUGACCCUAUCUCCGGUAAAACUUUAUAUUGUGACUGGUGUAAGCCGGGAGAGUACAUGAACCGACCCUGUACGGAACAUACUCCCACAGAGUGCCUACCCUGUCCAUGGGACCAUUAUACAGAAUACCACAACCAGGAGAUAGAAUGUCUCCUCUGUCAGCAGUGUAACCUGCAGGACCAUGAACAUGAACACGAAGCCCUGCCGUGUACAGCCGAGCAAAACCGCCAGUGUGAAUGUGAUGACGGGUACUACCUACGGUUAGAGUUUUGCUUUCCUCACACCAAGUGUCAGAAAGGUGAAGGCGUCAGGGAAAAAGGUACUCCUUGGAAGAACACUCGGUGCAUGCGCUGUAGACCGGGAACGUUUUCGGACGAGGAAUCGAGCACGGCUGAGUGUAGAGCCCACACGAACUGUACCGCCAGGGGAGAAUGUGUAGUCAGACAGGGCAACAGGAAGAGAGACAACAUGUGUGGUACCUGUGCUGUCAAUGGAACAGUGACGAACUCUUCCGUGAGCGAAGCAACAAACGCCCCUCCUACAGAAGAUGGAAACACUACCGGCUAUACAGACUCAAACAAGUCCGAUGACAACACCAAGGCCCCCCACCCUGGCGGCUCGACAUGGGGGCCUUACUGGCUCCCCUACCUGUUACUGGGGCUGGUCAUAUUCAUCGCGGCGAUCAUCGUCUUUGCUGCGGUCAUGUUGUGGAGGGACGAUCCUACCGUACACCAGCACAGACGGUCUUUACCUCCCAGACUCAGUCUGACAGAAAUCUUCGUAAAACGAGCCUCCCAGACCAGCAUCGUGGGCACGCCGGUAGGAGUGAGUGAACACCAGCAACCUCUACUAGAAGGAGACUCCAAUCAGACAAGGAGAUCGAGUCAAGAGAAGGUGGCACGGUAUUCGGGCCACACUACCGCCGCUAGGAGGUUCCAGAGAGGGUUUUCCAUAGAAGAGGGAGAGAGGACCCCCUCUCUCAAUUCAGAUGAAGAGGUGUCCCAUAUGAAGGUAGCCCUCUCUCACGCUGAGCACAUAGCCGAGGACGUCGGUGCGGAGUGGCGAGCCUUGGGUAGGAAACUGGGCUUCACGGACGGGCAAUGUGACUGCUUCCAGAACGACUAUCAGGGCUUGAAGGAAAUUACGUAUCAAAUGUUGCGGAAGUGGGUCGAAAUACAGAGAGAGGACGCCACUCUAGGGACGCUGGGUAACGCCCUUGUGGAAGUGAGAAAAGAAGACGUCAGGUCGAAACUGUUCACUUUCGAGCAUGGGCGGCGGCAGAUCAGAGAGGAGACGUCUUAGACUUAGACAGUCAAACAGUCUUCCCAACCAGCUGACUUAAACAAUAUCGUUGGAUAUUUUAUUCAUACUCACUUGCAGCCAUGUAUAGAUGAGGCGUUGUUCUUUAUCUGGAUACUGUCCUUAAGAAAACAAUUCACAAUGUAUCCCAAAAGUUGAUUUUACGUUUUGACAUCAGAAGCUCUUUUUCCCAUGUACUUUUUUUCGAAAACAGACAGAUUUUUACACACUACCUAGUGAUAAGAUGUUGCCAUCGGUGUAACUGUGCUGUAUAUAAAUGUAUAGCAACCUUCGACGUGACCCUGCGAUCGUGGAAGGGUUGCCAAUAUGCAAGAAGAUUUUGCAGCAUUUUAAAAAAUAAUAAGGCUGCUAUUGGACAAUGCUGCAAUAACGUAUGAUAUACAUUGUAGUUGUAUACAUGAUAUGGGUGCAUAUCAUGUUGAUAUCAGUAAGGGGAAUAUCACGUUAAAACUUGUUAACAUGACAAAAAUGUUUGUUAGUUUAUUACAAUGAAUUGUACUUAUACUUGUGGUAUAUGGUGAUACCAUCGAGGGAUAUGUUUUGUUAUCCUUCAAGUUACUACUAGUAGUUAAUGUAAAAAGAAAUAAUUUUACCGGUGGAUUUCUUACAAAUAUUUGUAUAUAUUUGUACAUUUCAUACUUUUACAUGAAUUCAUUGCAAAAUACAAUGCAUUUCAAACA